CCGCGCUUCUUUCUCUCCCCUGCCCCGCUACUCUCACCAACCACUUUCCGACCGACAUGUUAUGAUCUGAGACGCGUACAGUGAAGUCGCAUCUCGCCGCUUAUCAACAGAGAACGCGCCGUCGUACCUUUAAUCUCUCGAAUUCAUCUCGACAAACUCCCACCUCCUUCGAUCUUAAAGAUCAACUCGACCUUGCACUCAAAUUGAAGGUCCUCGAUUAGACCUGAUCGACAGACAUGGCCAGAGAAAGCAACGCACCGAAAGAGCCCCUCACUCCGGGGAGGCCGAAUGAGCAGCAUCGUCCCUCGGUGUCUCAACAACCCGAGUUUGGCAAACCUUCACCCAUGGGUCAACCUCAGCAUCGGCUCACUCAACCCACCCAACCCACUCAGCCGAACAGAUCGAGCGAAUCGAAGCACCUGUUCAAUAUUCCCAAACCGAACCGUCCCCGGGCAGAGCACCAUCGUGACCAGCCUCGAACCCAGCCUCAACAAUCUGCUCAGCAGCGAUAUGGCGCUCCCUCGACCCAACGAACCCCCAUGGUCGCGUCCACGCCCGCAAAACGUGGACCCUUUGAUCCUUUCAAGGCCGUCCGACCCUCCGCUUACAACGAUCAUCGAUCGGGAUAUGGCACCGGCGCAACCCCCAUCAAACGCCCCGAGAAUACAGAUUGGACAACGCCUCGAGCUCCGAGAGCCCUGUUCAUGUCGAAGGGAACGGAACCCAAGCCCUCGAACGCAUCGAAGAAUCUUCAGGCAUUCAUUGAUUUGACUCAGCAGGAUUCGGGCUCUUUCAAAGACUCCCGAAGUGUUCCGAUGAGCUUUGGUGCCAUGGACGUGUCGGACUAUGUUGAUUCUGAAAAGGCAACUGAAAACAUUAAAGCACUGCUAGAGGGUGCGUUCGAAGAUGAGGAGGAACAAUCUCGUCAAAAGACCAAAAGCAAGAGAAAGGGUAAAAAGAAGAAGAACGAGCCAAAGAAGACCGAGGCAGAUGACCUGGACGAUUUGGCUGCUCAACUCGAGAGCGUCACUGUAAACGACCCGAAGCCACUGGAGCCCGAAGCAAACUCUGAGAAGACAACUGUGGCAGCUGAUGUCAAAUCCAAAGCGGCUGAAGACAAAAAUAUUGCUGCCGAGGAGAGCGAAAAUGAAGAGGAGGAGGACGACAACGAAGAUGAAGAAGACGAGGACGAUGAUGGAACUAUAGAAGGCUUGAAAGUCACCCUCUUGCCCCACCAGAUCGAAGGAGUCAAGUGGAUGUGCGACAAGGAGACGGGCCUGCGCACCACCAAAGGGAUCUUCCCGAAGGGUGGUAUCCUUGCCGACGAUAUGGGUCUAGGAAAGACUGUACAAGCAAUUGCGUUGAUGCUCCGAAAUCGCAAGCCCGAGAACGAACACAGCGAGAAAUUCAACAGAACCGAGAAGAAGGACGAGAAGAAAGACGACAACGACGAGGAGGCGCCGCCAGCCUCCAAGCUUUCCAAGAGCACCCUGGUUGUCGCUCCCCUUGCACUCAUCAAGCAAUGGGAAGCCGAAAUUGACGACAAGGUCGAGAAGACACACAAACUUCGUGUUUGCUUAUAUCACGGAGCUAACCGUGCGAAGACCGCUAAGGAUCUUCAUACUUACGACGUGGUUAUCACGACCUACGGAACACUAACCUCGGAGUCUGGGUCCGCUGCCUCCGACAAGGCUAAGAAGUCGGGUGUUUUUGCGAACUAUUGGUACCGCAUCAUUCUCGAUGAGGCUCAUACCAUCAAAAAUCGAAAUGCCAAGGCUACGCAGGCAGCUUGCGCAUUGGAUGCCAAGUACCGCUGGUGCUUGACAGGAACUCCCAUGCAAAACAACCUUGAUGAAUUACAGAGCCUGAUCAAGUUCCUUCGAAUCAAGCCGUUCAACGACCUCGCUACCUGGCGCGACCAGAUCAGCCGUCCUCUGGCCAAUGGCCGCGGUGGAUUGGCUAUACAGCGUCUACAGGUCUAUUUGAAGGCCUUCAUGAAGCGCCGCACUAAGGACGUGCUGAAGGAAAAUGACAAACCUAAGCCUGGUGAGUCCGCAUUGGACGCAGAUGGCAAGGAGAAGAAGUCUUCCAAUGGUUUCAAGAUUGUCAAGCGUGAGGUUAUCAGGGUAGAUGCCGAUUUCAUGGAAGGGGAGAUGAACUUCUAUAAGCGCUUGGAACAGCGUACGGAAAACCGACUUGAAGAAAUGAUGGAUGGUUCCAAGGUCGACUAUGCUGGCGCUUUGACACUGCUGCUUCGUCUCCGCCAAUCCUGCAACCACCCCGACCUAGUCAAGAGUGACCUAGCUAUCGACAAGGACGUACUCUUGCAAAACGGCAGCAGUGGAAGUCAAUCAUCACAGUCCAAAUCGAGCAACGAUCUUGACGACGUUGCUGAUCUCUUUGGUGCACUCAGUGUCGUGACGAAAAAGUGCGAUGUAUGCCAGAGGGAUCUCAACCAGGCCGAUUCUUCCAAGGGGUUCACUCGGUGCAGUGACUGUGAAACUGAUUUGAAUACCGACUUCAUGAAGAAGGAUAAGAAGCAGGAUAAGAAGAAGCACAAGUCGAAGAACGCCCACAAGGAGGAAAAGCCCGCAGCGCCAGCUCGUUCCCGAAAGAACCGCAGAGUCAUCCUUGAUAGUGAUGAUGAAGAUGCCGAAGGCGGCGGAGAAUGGAUUGGCUCCGAUGAUUCGGAGUCUGAUGAGGAUGUGAUCGACUCUCCCUCCGGCAAGCAAAGGGCCCGCCCGAUCAGUCUGGAUAGCUCCGAGGACGAGUCCGAGUCUGAAACAGAAGAGGAUAUCUAUGAGAACCCCGAGGGUGAAAAUGGAGAAUUGCCUUCGACCAAGAUUCGCCACCUCAUGAAGCUCCUCCAAAAGGAGUCGGGUGAUUACAAGUUCAUCGUAUUUUCCGUCUUCACCUCCAUGCUUGACAAGGUUGAACCCUUCCUCAAGCGUGCCAACAUUGGCUUUGCCCGGUACGAUGGUCAGAUGAGAAAUGACCUACGCGAGGCCAGUCUCAACAAGCUUCGCAACAACAGUGGCACCCGUGUCCUGCUCUGCAGUCUGCGUGCAGGCGCCUUGGGACUUAAUCUGACUGCCGCCAGUCGUGUGGUCAUUCUGGAGCCAUUCUGGAAUCCCUUCGUUGAAGAGCAAGCUAUCGACCGUGUCCACCGCCUCAACCAGACAGUUGACGUAAAGAUCUACCGCAUGAUCAUCAAGGGCACCGUGGAAGAGCGUAUCGUCGACCUCCAAGAUCGCAAACGCGAGCUAGCCAACAUGACAAUUGAGGGCAAGUCUGCCGCUGGAAAGUUGACCAUGCGCGACAUGAUGGCCCUCUUCGGCCGCGACGCCGAACACAAAUUCCAGGACAAGCAGGGUACCUUGGAUUUCAAGCAGCCCACUCGACUUUUGAGCUCGGGCGACGAUUCUGGUUCUGGCCCAGCGUGGCAGUCUUCAGCUCGAUCGGAUUCGCGCGACCGGAGUCGUCCGCAACCAUCCAAUCGGUCAAAACCUGAGGAUUCGGUGUAUAGUCGGCGCUGGUGACGUGAUAGCGUGAUAUUUUCUUUAUAAAUCCUUACCGGACGCUAAGCGUGCUUUGUUUACUAGAGGCAUCAAUGCUAUUCGGGGGGCCUUGGAGAUGAUGGAUGGGGUAGAUCAAUCUUGAAGUUUAUCUAUGCUUUGGCUGUAUCUGGUCUACUAUUCGAUAUUUUAACUCUGUUGAUCCUCCUGGUGAAUGAGUUUGGCUGUGGUUUCGCAAAACAUGGGGUAUAAAUUUGAGGCUCUGGCAAUGAUCGCAGAGAAACACCCUCUCCUUAACUGUAUGUAGUGUUUGACUCCGCUAAGACCACUUGAUUGGUGGUUGGCAGAGGCAAUCGGAACUCAUGCCCACGAGUGAGUGUCAUGAGGCGAUGCCAGUAGAUAGCCACCUGCAAGUACUGGCCCGGAAAACAGGACCGGAACAAGU